AUGUCGGACGAUUUGGAAGAAGGUACGGCAGUAGAAGGGAGAAGCGAUGAAGUUAAUGAAAUAAAUAAUGAUAGUAAUGAUAAUAAUGAUAUGAUUAAUAAAAUAAAAAGUAUACCAGUUGACAAACUUAAACAAAUAAUAACUGAUCAAAUAGAUUUGGAGAUUCGAUUGAAACACAAAGAACUUACAUUGACGGAAGAAGAGAUAGGGAAAUGUGAAUCACAAAUGAUAACUUUAAGAAAUUAUUUCCAAAUUCCAAGAGAGAAAUCCAUAAGUAGUGAACCUAAUGAUUUCACCAUUAAAUAUUAUGAUUUGUUAAACAGAUCACUUUCAGUUAAUUAUGAUAGUAACGAAUUUAAAGAAAUGAUGAAUAAUUCCAAUCGGGAUAGUUUUAGUUCUAAUGGUACAACUAGUCGUCAUCCAAGUUUCUCAGUUAAUAAUAGUUUCAGUUCAGUGAAUUCUGGUCAUAGUUAUAGAACUAGAUCUACCACAUCAUCAUUAAGACCACCAACAACUACAGGAGGCAAAAAUUCUACCAUAGGAUGUUUGUAUCGUAGAACUGAUGGGAUCAUAGUUAAAUUAACAUGUCCAGAUUGUAAAAGAAGUAAUUUUUCAUCAGCUCAAGGGUUUUUAAAUCAUAGUAGAAUAGCUCAUACUCAAGAAUAUACUUCUCAAGAUGCAGCUGCUUUAAUUUGUGGAGAAUUAUUACCUGAUAACGAACAAGAUGAAGAAGGAUUAGCAAGUAUUAAGAAUUUAAAAUCAAAAGAUCUUGAUCCAAGUAAGAACUUGAAUAUCAAUGAAAUAUAUUUCAAUGGUUUAAGUAACUCAUUGAAUACUGUUCAUAAGCCAAUAGAAAAAUCCUUAUCGCCAUUAGAAAAGGAAACAGAAAGUGAAUUAAUGAAAAAAUUCAUCAAAAGUGGAUUAGGAAGUAAUAAACAAGAUUAUGAUAAAUAUUUAGAAGAUUUUAAACGAAAAGAAUUUGAUGAACAUGAUAAUGAAAGAGUUGAUAUCAAGGAGAUUGAAGAAAAGGAAGAAAAGAAACGGAAAAGAAGUGAAUCCCCAGAUCACCCACCAUUAAAGAUUAAAAUCAAAUUAAGAAAUGAAGAUAAACGGAAAAAAAAGAAAUAA